GUCAAUGGCGCGUCUUUAUGGGCUCUCGUUCAUAUAAUGCAGAAUAUAUUUUAGUUCAUGUAGCUAGGAAUUUGAACAGGUUGGCCUGUGAUCAUUUCAGGUUUGACUUUGUCGGCUUGUUUGCUGUCACAGUCCGGGUUCUUGAGACUGAAAGGCAAGGUCAACGGCAGUAAACCUCCGAGAGCACUAGAAAUGGAAGUUUCGUAUCUGACUCUAUUGGGCUGCUUGUCGGGCCAUAUUUUGCUUUGUAUCGGAGUAGCUUCAUGCAGUAAAAUCCUUUACGUGACUACAGGAGGUGUUGGGAGUCAUUACCCAGCGGGCGUUGAGAUAAGUAAGGCGUUGGCUCGACGGGGACAUCACGUGACCGUUUCCAUCGAUCAGGAUUCAUACGAAAGGGGUGAGGAUGACCGGAAUUUCCCAGCAAAUAUGGAAACCAUAACCUUCCCGGCAUCUUUUCCACUGGAAACAACGUUCCGCACCAUUGACAAAUAUGUUCGAAGCACCCUUCGCGGAUGUUCCCCCAAUGACGUCAUUGAUCAACUACCUCCACCGGAUUAUCCAGGUCAGGACAAUCACACACUUUUCGAUUUGAACGAAAUUUUCUGCGACGAUAUCCUGAACGACACCGAACUUAUCGCAAAAUUAAGAGCGGCAAGCUACGACAUGAUUGUAGGGGAUACUGUUUUCCUUUGCUAUGCUCUAUUAAGCCAAAAACUGUCCGUUCCCUUUAUCCACUUUGGCUUGACAUCGAUGGUACCCUCGCAGCAUGAUAUCUUCGCUGGUAACCCUGUCAGUCCCGCCUAUGUUCCCGAACGCGCCAGCGAACUUACCGAUCAGCUGACUUUCCGCCAGCGCUUCAAAAAUACACUGAUGUACCAUCUGGUGAGAUACUUCUACAACAAACUCGUUCUGCAAACCUUUGAAAUAGUUCAACAGAGGCACAGUUUGAGGCCGGAUGUCACGUUCCAGCAACUGAUUCCGGAAGCCGAAAUGUGGAUUUUUAGCUCCAACUUUCUCGUUGAUUUCGCUCGACCUUUACCACCACACGUCAGGUUUGUAGGGGGAGUUCUGACCGGUCCACCGAGUCAACUCAUUGAGGUAAGGGGUCGUCUAUAAAGUAAGUAUACGCAC